UAUAAAUCCAGCAGCCGAGUUGUCUCCUCUCUCAGCCACUCGUGUCCAAGGAACAACAUGUCUUUCGGUGCCAUUAACAACCCUCCUGUUCCCUUUACAUUGCCGCUAUCCCACGGUCUCCAUGAUGGGUUUUUAGUGGUCAUCAGUGGAGCUGUCACUCAUUCAGGAGACAGGUUUAAUAUAAACUUUCAAUGUGGUCAUUCUUCGAAUGAUGACAUUGCCUUUCAUUUCAACCCCCGUUUUAUUGAUGGCGGAAUUGUUGUGUGCAACACCAAAGAGCGUCAGAGCUGGGGGAAAGAGGAAAACAAGCGGGAAAUGCCUUUUCACAGACAUCAGCCUUUUGAGAUCCGGAUCCUAGUUACUAACCACAGUUAUAAUGUUUCUGUGAACAGGAAUCAUUACUUGGAAUACCAUCACCGAAUCCCAAUACAAAGAGUCAAUACAAUGACCAUAGGUGGAUGUGUUGCCUUAACAUGUGUCAAUGCACAAGGGCCCCAGCACCCUGGAUAUGCUCCUCAACCAUUCCCACCUGGAGGUGCAUUCAAUCCACAGUUUCCCUCUGCUCCACAUCAGCAACAAUCUUAUGCAAUGCCAUACCAAACUAAUAUCUAUGGAGGUUUGUUUCCAUCCAAGACGAUUGUCAUAAGAGGAACAGUUACUGCAAACCCAAAAAGGUUUCAUAUCAACCUCAAAUUCCAUGGUGGUACAGCAUUACACUUCAACCCGAGGUUUGAUGAGCGCACAAUUGUACGAAACAGUCACCUGAAUGGCAGCUGGGGCAAUGAAGAGCGCAAUCUACCAAGAGGGAUGUGCUUUGCGCCAGGACAGGGCUUUGUGAUUGAAAUUAGAUGUGAGCAACACGCAUUCAAGGUGAAUGUGAAUGGAGCCCAAACAUGUGAAUUUCAUCACCGCGUGCAUCAGUUUCAGCAGAUAGACACCUUGCAGAUUGACGGAGAUGUUGUCCUACAACAUGUGCAGGUCUAGGAGUGGAUGAACCAUAGAAAAAUUUAAAUAUAUGACUUUCUUUUCAUAUGAUCUUGCUUUGAAACAAUUUAGUUAAUUUUUAUAUAGGGUCUGGUAUUGGAGCAAAACCUACUUGACCUGUAGAUUUUUAUGGGGAAUGUAGUAACGAACACAAAGUUUUCACCAGGUCUACUAACCCAUAGCAUCUAAUUAGGGUAUUGCUUUCAAACAGUAAAUACUACCUUCUGAUUGGUUGCUAUGGCUUACCAGAACACUUAAAAUGUGCUACUUUUAUUGCAUCAUUUAAUUUCAGGAGGUAUUGAUUAUUGCGUGAACUGAAUAUCACUUUAUUUCAUAAACAGUAUGAAUGCGAGCCACCAUAUUGCUUCCAGUAAAGUGGUCGUUCACCUUGAUAUUAACUUCUAGUAUGAAGUGGACAGCAAUAUUCUGAGACACUUUUUUUUUUAUUAAGCUUUUUUUUAGUUUAGAAUUUCAGCAGCUAUCUAAGAGCCACUUUAUCUCAUCUACCAAGCAGUGGUUUCAAUGAGAUACUUAAAUAAGGAUUGAGAAGGCUCUGAAUAGAAAGAGUAAGUAAUAAAAAGUAACAUGGCAAUAGUCUUUUUUGAUGCCUGGGAUCAGAUCAGUGACUUCUAUUUAAAAACAGCAAAAAGAAGGUAGAAAAAGGUAAAUGAAGACCAAUUGAAAAGUUGCCCAGAAUAGGUCAUUCUUUGAAAAGGUAAAUAACCGUAUUAACUGCAGUCAUCCUGUCACCGCUCAGUUGUUACUACUAACAGAACGGGAAUAUUGAACACCUUAUUCUAUUCGCAAACAUUUCAAGAGAUGUCAGUUUUAUACAAUAUCCUAUAUCUAAAUAUAUACUAUGUUGUGGAAGCCAGUCAGCUUUGGUUUUCAAAAUGGGCAUGAAGCACACUUUAAUAAAUCAUUUGCAUAUAUGUAACUUGGCUCACAAUAAAUCUGCAUUUUCAAAA